AUGGAGGAAGCAAUCAUGAGUGACAUCAUCCUUGUGGAGCCGUGCGCGUUUUACAUUUUAGGGGAUCCGGUUGCGGACGACACGGAAACAACAUGCAGGACGCGGAAAAGUUCCGCUGGUUUAUUGCCUGCGUCGCACACCCAUGCAGCACUAUAUGAGUGGAUCCGCAAGUUCUUGGAGAGCGGAUGGGGGAAGUGUCGGGGUGCGACUGCCGGACUGUGUGAGCUGGUGGAGGCGGAAACUGCUCUCCGCGAAUUGAUCGCACUUGAUGAGAGCCAAGUUUACAUGCACCGGAUCACUAGUUGUCAUCUGGCAUGCCUACAGCGCGAAAAACAGCGGUGGGAGCGUGAGCUUGCAAUGAGAGAGGCAGUAACAAAGUAUCAACUGCAGCGGCUGCUUCAUUUGGAGCAUCACUUCCACCCCGCGAAGGGUGAAAAGUCAGUAGACACACAAAGUACGCUGCACCAGGCGGGUUUUUUGAUGAAGGAGAUGCAAGAGUGCCUUGCGGAGUUGCAUGCACCGGUGCUAAUACGUGCCCAGGAGGCACAGAAGUUCGCAGAGGACCGGCUACAGGCGUUAAUGCGGGUGCUGGAGCAUCAGACAGGGAGACUGAGGUCAACACAGAAGGCGCUAAACGAUGUUUGUUUGGCGCUGAACGAUUUAGCGGCCCGCGCCAAUGUGGAGGCACGCUGCAAGGAGGGCAGCGAAAUUGUGCAUGCAGCGAUCCGUGAGGAGGAUGGCGUGUUUUGCACCCCAAAAGAAGUGAUAGACGCCGUGCAAGAGAGAAUUACCGAGCUGGAGAUGCGGCGAAUGCACACGGCUUAUGAGGCGAACUCAACUGGGGCAACAAAUGACACGUUUGACGCAUUGACAGUAGCGGUGUGCCGAUUGGAGGAGACACGAGCUGACUUCUAUGCCUUGGGCCGUCGCUUGGGUCCAGUUGACUCCCGAGUAGCCCCAGAAGUACUCGGUCACAUUAGCGAAGUUGAUUUUAUGAAACCGCCGCUAACACCGCCAAAAUUUUUAUCACCGUCAUUGUCAUUCUCCCCCUCUGCAAACGUCGGCCCCAAGGGUUUUGUAAUGGAAUCCCAUGCCUACGAGAUUCACCAGGCAGUCUUGCAUGAGCAGCGGGAGUUAGUUAUGAUGUUAAAUGACAUAUGGGGUAUGCGUCCGCUCCUUCUUCGUCUUUGCACGGAAGACGAUGCCGAGCAAUACGCACAGCGGCCCCUGAGUCUUUAUGCGGGGCACAGUCUCUCGCUGCAUCAGUGGAUAGACGUGGACGGGAACCGGCCGACGAAACGGGCAGCCGUUUUUUACCCGACACCGCCUGAACGUCGUGGCGAGGUGCCAAAGGAGCAUCUGGAGUCUGUACUCGUUGAAAAAGCCAGGGAGGUACGUGAUGCGCUUGACAUCAUCGAUCUACGUGCUGAAGGCGAAAAGGCCGGCGCAUAUUUUACGGGCAACGCCGCUUUCUUCUCAGCGGAUGGCAAAUUUAUGUAUUGUUGUUGCGGUACCGCUGAUACGUGUACCGAUGCGAGACGCACGUUGAUGUUGCAUGUUGUGGGGAUGCUGCGCCGCCGACUCGGUGUGCCGUCUGCAAACUGUUUUUGCUAUUAUUCUUCUUCCUUCCCUCUUGCUACGAGUCUUGGCUGGGUUGGCGCUGGCGUCUGCGCAUGGGCACUGGAUGAGAUGCGGUUUGCUUCGCACGAAGAGAAGGAGUCAUUUAUGUUGCACCUCCGCGAGACGUAUCGCACCGUCAUUCGCCUUACACGGGAAGAGGUGAGGAAUUUUGCCGGUGAAUGCGUGGAGAUCAUCUCUUACUCGCCGAAUUACGGGCCGACGAGGCGGCGGCUUGUCAUCUCGUCUCACGCUCUCCGCUCACUGUCGGAGCAUAACCGCUCCACACUGAUGGCGUGGUACGGCGAGGGUGGGUGCAUCGUGCCGGAUUUAUCAACGAUUGAACGCAUGGGUGGGUAUUCAGCGAGGUCGAUGCUGCUGACUGUCGUGACGCACGGCUCGGAUACGCCACCGCCAAGUGGCCAUGGAUUCUUCUCAUUCAUUGGCAUUAGGGCAAGGGAAAGGGAGAGUGCAUGCAUGGAAGUUACAACUACUUACAAACGGAAGCCAAAUUGA